GGCGGGGAACUCAAAGCUGAAGUCUGUGCCGCGUUUGUAAACAAAUGUAAAUAACUAAAACUUAUACAAACUAAAACGUAUGAUAUAAUAACUUAUAAUAACGACCAACAUGACGCAAUCCAUAGUCGUGCAGGUUGGUCAGUGUGGUAACCAGGUCGGGUGUCGGUUCUGGGACUUGGCGCUCAGAGAACAUGCACACGUCAACAAGAAAGGAGUAUAUGAUGAGGCUCUGGGUAGUUUUUUCCGGAACGUGGACUCAAGAGGUGCAGGAACCUGUGACAUCGUGGGUGGGAGAAUCCAGCGACUCAAAGCCCGGGCGGUGCUGGUGGACAUGGAGGAGGGCGUGGUCAACCAGAUCGUGCAGGGUCCGCUGAGAGACCUGUUUGACACCACACAGCUCCUCACCGACGUGUCGGGGUCCGGGAACAACUGGGCGGUGGGUCACAUGACAUAUGGCUCGGCCUAUCGGGAUCAGAUCGUGGAGAAGGUCCGCAGGGCGGCGGAACACUGUGACUGUCUGCAGUGCUUCUUCCUCAUCCACUCCAUGGGCGGAGGCACGGGCUCGGGGCUGGGGACCCGGGUCCUGGGGCUGCUGGAGGAGGAGUUCCCCGAGGUGUGUCGCAUCGUGACCUCGGUGUACCCCUCGGACGAGGACGACGUCAUCACCUCGCCCUACAACAGCGUGCUCGCCAUGAGGGAGCUCACGGAGCACGCCGACUGUGUGCUGCCCGUGGAGAACCAGUCUCUGGUGGAGAUCCUGACCCGGGUCCGGCUCCUGUCCCGCGCCCCGGGUCCCGGGGUGAAGGCGGACCUCAUCUCCAGUCCGGGAGGAGGAACAGAGAAACCCUUCGACAGCAUGAACAACAUCAUCGCCAACCUGCUGCUAAACCUCACCAGCUCUGCGCGCUUCGAGGGCUGUCUGAACAUGGACCUGAAUGAGAUCUCCAUGAACCUGGUCCCCUUCCCCCGGCUGCACUACCUGGUGCCCAGCCUGGCCCCGCUCUACAGCCUGCAGGCCGACUGCAGCAUGGCCCCUAGGAGGCCGGACCAGAUGUUCAGCGACGUCUUCAGUAAGGACCACCAGCUGAUCCGGGCGGACCCCCGACGCAGCCUGUACCUGGCCUGCGCUCUCCUGGGGCGAGGAGACCUUCUGCUGUCAGACCUCCGGAGGAACAUACACAGACUCCGUUCCUCCCUCUCCUUCGUCUCCUGGAACCCCGAGGGGUGGAAGACGAGUCUGUGUUCUGUGGCGCCGGUCGGCCACACCCACUCCCUUCUGGCCCUCGCCAACAACACUUGUGUGAAGGGCACCUUCUCCGCCCUGCGCGACCGCUACGCCCGCCUCUACAGGAAGAAGGCCCAUCUCCACCACUACCUCCAGGAGGAGGGCAUGGAGCUCAGCCUGUUCAGCCAGGCGUCAGAGUCCCUGUCCUCCCUCAUAGAGGAGUACGACCUGCUGGACCGCGCCUCCUCCUGCCCUCCCGACACCCCCAGACUGCAGAUCGCUACAUGAAGGCUUGUGUCUAAGCUCCGCCUCUUCCCUUCUCUGGAAGCUCCGCCUCUUCCCUUCUCUGGAAGCUCCGCCUCCUCCCUCCUCUGGAAGCUCCGCCUCCUCCCUCCUCUGGAAGUUCCGCCUCCUCCCCUCCUCACAGGAAGUGCAGCUCGGUGAACAUGUCCCCGGGGUCGUCGCACUUCCUUUUGCAGACGCAGGACGUGAUCCACUGCACCUUCCAGCGCACGCCGGCCGCGCCCUUGCACCUGAACUCUAAGGUGCGCAUGCUGGAGGCGUCGGGCACGCAGCAGCCG